CUAGUGUGAGUGUGACGUCAGCUGAGAAGCCGUAUCUACACUUCCGGUGUCAUGUCUGCACACACGUGGAGUUGACGGUAUAUUAGACUACAGAGGUUUAUUUUAUUAACUGUGUGUAACAGAGUAGUUCUGCCAUGAUGGUUGGCUUGUUCAGUGUUUGUGUUUACAGACUGAGUUGAUUUAUAGCAGUAAAUACCGGUAUAGAGUGAAACAGCGUGUGCUGACUAGCUACCGAGGCAGAAGUAAGUAGUUGGGUUAUUUUAUUUUUUGCUCUGGUAACUAGCACUAUGUCAGAAACAGCACCGGAGAAGAGCCGUGGACUGAAAUUUGCUGAGCAGCAGCUUCUGCGUCACGGCUGGGAGCAAGGUAAAGGUCUAGGAAGAGCUGAGAACGGCAUCUCUGAAGCAAUCAGAGUUAAAGUGAAAUGUGACAAAGGAGGGGUUGGCCAUAAAGAAAGUGAGCAGUUCACUUUUCACUGGUGGGAUCAUGUGUUUAACAAGGCAUCUGCCAGUUUAGCUGUGGAAUCAGACCAGAAUGGGGUGAUGGUGAAGAAAAUGGAGGAAGAAGAGGUUGGAAUGAUUUCUAACAAGAAGCCUCGAAAGGCCAUGAUGAACAAGUCUAUGCUCUAUGGAUGCUUUGUCAAGUCUGCUACUCUCCUCUCAGGACAGGAACAGCCUGAACAAAGCUCGUCUGCCUCAGAGGACAGUAGCUCUGAGGACGAAGAGAAGCUAGACCUUUCCAGCACCAAGAAACUAUCUGAUGCAGAACUGAUGAAAGCAUGUGGAGGACGCACUGCACAUAAAGGUGCCAGACAUGGUCUCACGAUGAGUGCCAAACUAGCCAGACUGGAGCAACAAGAGCAGGAGUUCAUGGCAAAAUAUGGAAAGAAGAAGCAGAUAGACAAAACCACAGCUCUGAGUGAAGCAGUGCCCACUGAGCUUAGUUCUGCAUUAGACCAGGAGAGGGUAGACAAGCCCGAACGGAAAAAAGCCAAGAAAAAGAAGCAGCGUUCAGAUGAGCCCAAAGAUAAUGGUGUCCAAGAAAGCACUGAAGCUUCACAGGAGCACAAUGAGGAGCUAUCAAAAAAGCGAAAAAAACAGUCAAAAGUCAAAGCAGAUUUAAAAUCAGAAGAUAUAACUGAUUCUUUUGUGAACACUGAUACAAAGAAAAAGAAAAAAAAGACCAAACUGGUGCUGGAAGAGGAAAGUACAGAGAUGGUGCAGGAAGGUGAAGUGGCAGAGACUGCUGAACAUCAACCAACAGAUGAAAGUGUCUCCAAAAAGAAGAGGAAAAAGAAGAAACGCUCUGAAAAAAGCAGUGCUCUGGAGGAAGGACAGAGUAAGAACACUGUGCUGGCCAGUGAGGAGUCUGCUGAAACUACAGAGAGUCAUGAACGUGAGCAGCAGGAAGAGGGCACUGCUGCACUGAACCCAACACCUGAUGGCUACAAGAAGGAGAAAAGGAAGUCCUCCAAGGCCAAAAAAGACAAGUCGCCAGCUACAGAAACAGACAGCUGCUAUAGUUUAGACGCCAGCACAGCAGAGAUUGUGGAAACAGCUGAUGUAGAGAAAGAACCAUCACAAUCAAAAAAAAGGAAAAGCAGAGAAGAGGAACUGGAGGCAGAGACUGAGAAUAGAUCAACAGAUAAACCAGCUGAAAAGAAGAAGAAGAAAAAGAAGCCUGCAGAGUGAUGUUUUUCUGGUGAAUUAUAUAAAAGUGAUGCCAUGUUGAACUUGGGGGCUUAAAGAUAUAGUAUUGACUUUCCUCAGUGUUCACUAGAAACACAACAAUUAUGCACAUUCACUGUCCACUUUAUUAGGAACACCUGCACAUUCAUGCAGUUGUCUAAUCAGCCAAUCAUGUGGCAGCAGUGGAAUACAUAAAAUCAUGCAGAUACAUGUCGAGAGCUUCAGUUAAUAUUCAUAUCAAACAUCAGAAUGAGGAAAAUGUGUGAUCUUGGUGAUUUUGAUCGUGGCAUGGAUGUUGGUACCAGAAGGGCUGUUCUGCAGUGUAAACUUUAGUGACUGUUGUGACUGAGGAGAUCAGCAGUUUCUGAAAUACUCAAACCAGCCCUUCUGGUACCAACAACCACGCUACAGUUAAAGUCACUGAGUUCAUUUUUCCCCCCAUUCGGACAUUGAUGUAAACAUUAACUGAAGCUCUUGACCUGUAUCUGCAUAAUUUUAUGCAUUGUGCUGCUGCCACCUGAUUGGCUGAUUAGAUAACUGCAUGGAUGAACAGGUGUUCCUAAUAAAGUGGAUGGUGAGUGUAUUUAUGGUCAGAAAAAUGAUACCUCAGUAUCCUUUUUUUAGAGGAUUUAGCCUUGGUGCUAUUUGUACUGCACUAUGAGUCAUGGAUGUUUAAAUUAUAAUCUUUUUUAAUUUGUCCCUCCUGUUCUACACUAGUGCAUUUCAGGCAUGGUUCAUUCACAUCAUGUCUUCUUAGCUCCAUGAACUUGCUCAGUGACUUAUGCAGUGACUCUUUUUAAUCAUGGAAUGCAUUGAAUUUUUAAUUCAGUACAUUUUUUAGAUUUAAAGGUAAUUUUGUUAAAAUAUACUUUGUUAUAUACAUAAUACCUUUUAAUACACAUCUUGUGCCAUCAUGACCUAAUGGUUUGUUUUUGUUGCUUACAAUCAAACUGUAAACAAAGCAAACAUAACCAUAAAAUCGAUUACUGGCUGACUCUGUGAAUUUUUAACAUUAUUUUUUCCUUUGUAGAGUCCUGGGUCUGGUUGUAGAAUGAGAUAGAUCCUGUGAAAUGCUUAACAAUGAUGAUUACCUGAUGGGACACACCAGCAGUUUUUUCUCCAACUAACAACUAUAUCAUUUCAUGUACUGAGCAGAAAAAAAAACAUUUACAGUGGAAGUCUUAUUGAAUUUUAGUUAGUAAUAGUAAAUUUCAAGAAUUUUUACAUCAAAGAUAUUUAUACAGUACGUUGAGCCACCUAAAUCUGUGUAAUUUGUCAUUUCAUG